UUGGAAUCUUCAAAUCGGUCUAGAAAAGAAAUUGACUUGCUCCAGUUUAGCUUAGUUUCAAAAACCAAAAUUUUACAAAUUAUUAUAAUUUCAAACUGAGAAGGCAUCUUCCCACGGGCUCUUUUCACAUCUUCAACGUCCACUUAAAAGAACGAUAUAGCGUUAUCCCAAAGAUGGCCUUAAACUCUGCUAAACUCUUCAGGCUUCACCCUUCUGCCGAGUUAGUUGGGUUAAGAGAUAAGAGGAGGAUAAUGGGAGCUUCAGUGAAGUUUGAAGGGAUAACUGAUGAAUUGCGAAGGAUUUUGAAUGCUAACAUGGACCACGCGCCAGCUAGACGACGGGCUCGCGAGGCUUUUAAGGAUAUUCAACUUAAUAUCGACCAUAUUCUGUUUAAGACCCCGAUUGAUGGAUUGAAAAUGAAAGAGUCGUAUGAGGUGAAUUCUAGAGGACUGGAACUUUUCACCAAGAGUUGGCUUCCGGAGACCUCUCAACCCAAAGCAUUGGUGUGUCUUUGUCAUGGUUAUGGAGACACUUGCACAUUUUUCCAUGAAGGAACUGCAAGAAGGUUGGCAUCAGCAGGAUAUGGAGUCUUUGCAAUGGAUUACCCAGGAUUUGGUCUUUCAGAAGGUCUUCAUGGCUAUAUUCCCAGCUUUGAUAGGCUUGUUGAUGAUGUUGCUGAACAUUAUUCCAAAAUCAAAGAGAACCCUGGGUAUCGUAAUCUGCCAAGUUUCCUCUAUGGACAGUCUUUGGGUGGAGCUGUAGCUCUGAAGGUGCACCUAAAACAACCUAAUGCAUGGAGUGGUGCUGUGCUUGUUGCACCUAUGUGCAAAAUUGCAGAUGAAAUGGUUCCCUCGUUUUUAGUAAAACAAAUACUGAUUGGUUUAGCUUAUCUUUUUCCAAAGAAGAAGUUGGUUCCAUCAGAGGACUUGGCUGAAGCAUCAUUUAGAGAUUUGAGGAACAGAAAGAUGACAUCCUAUAAUGUAAUUGCUUACAGGGAUAAACCACGCUUGCAGACUGCUUUGGAGUUGCUCAAAACCACUCAAGAGAUCGAACAUGAGUUGGAAAAGGUAUCUCUGCCAUUGUUAAUCUUGCAUGGCGAGGCUGAUAUUGUGACUGACCCAUCUGUGAGCAAAGCCUUGUAUAAGAAAGCAAGCCAUGAGGACAAGAAGUUCAUUCUUUAUAGGGAUGCAUAUCAUUCUCUUCUGGAGGGUGAGCCAGAUGAUAUGAUUCUUAGAGUUCUUAGUGAUAUUAUCUCUUGGCUUGAUGAUCACAGCAACAACAGCACUGCCUCUUGACAUCUACAGAAGAAGAGGUUGAUUGUUUAAAUAAGAUUUAGGGUGUUAUGGAGUGUGUAUAGACACGGCUAUCUGGUACAGUAACAGACAUUUAUUUAAUUCCAUUGGAUUGAUUGCAUUUCAUAAGGUUCA